AUGCCGAUGCAGCACUCCUUGGACAUGGAGUUGAUCACUGCCGCAGCCAGAUACGCCGACGAGAAUAGAUCUCGCCGUAACAUCCAUACCAACCCAGAGGGUGUAAUCGGCCAUGCACGUACGGAUAGCAGCGUCUAUGGGUCUGGAAACUCGGGUUCCCCUGACGUUCCAACUCCGCCAACAGGUGCUGCCACUAAGACGGGUGCGGCAGUUACGGAACCAGCUCCUUCGCACCAGGGAGCUGAGGCAGUUGUCGAUGACGAGCCUGAUACUGCCACUGCCAACGUUAAUGAUCCUGACUUCCCCAACACUGCAAAGGCUCCUGCCACUGGCACUCAAAACCACCAGUAA